AUAUCUUUUUGUAUAUAUUUAAAUUCUUUUUCAGAAAUGAGAAAUUCGUAAUAAUAAUAUAAACAAAAUCAUGGAUUAAGCUGGUUUAAGAGCAGUGAUACUAGGUGCAUCAGGAGCUGUCGGAAGGGUAAAAUAUUAUAUAAUUCUUUAGGAUUUAGUUACUGAAUUAACCAAUUCUCCAAAAUGGACUGAAGUAGCAGUAAUAGUUCGUAGGAAAUUAGAACAAUGGGAUACACUUCCUAGUAAUUAUAUGAAAAUAAAAAAAAGAUAAGAAUAAACUUAGAAUAAUUCAAGUUGACAACUUAGACUCUCUUGAAAAAACUGAUGAAUGGAAAAGAUUUGCUAAUUUUAAUACUUUUUUUUGUGUUCUUGGAUCAAGAGUAAAAGAAGGAGAUGCUCAAUUUACUAAAGUAGAUCUUACUUAUCCAAUAUAUGGUGGUAAUAUAGCUAAGGCUAAUGGUAAUCAUAUUUAAUUUUAAGAUUUAUAGCGAUUCCUCAUUAUUCUUUAUUAACUUCAAUAGGAGCAGAUAAAGGAUCUAUGUUUCUAUAUACUAGAGUUAAAGGACUUGUUGAAGAAGCUUUAACAAAACAAUAAAUUCCGUAUCUUACAAUCCACAGAGCAGGAGCUAUCUUGAAUAGAGUUAAUGAUGAAAGAAUUGGAGAAACUAUUCUUAAAUAUAUACCAUUUCUUGACAAAAUUGAAUGCAAGGAUUUAGCUAAGGCUCUUAGAGUAGAUGCUGAAAAAGCUUAUUAGGAUUUAUAAAAUCCAAAUUAAUUAGAUUUUACUGUUAGAAUAAACACAAAUAAGAUGCUUUUAGACUUUUCAAAAUAAUGAAU